CAAUGAUAACGAUUCUUUUGAUUUGUCCAUGGUGUAAGCUUGAAAGUAUAAACAAGCACACCUUUGUCCGAUACUUCAGUUCAAAUAUGUUUGACUUUAAGAUGGUUGACAACGUCCAUUGAUCACUCGCACUUUGUCAUGGUGUUCUUCCACAUCUCGCUUUUCCUCACUCUCUCGAUCGCAUCAAAUGCUGCUCCAGUCCCGGGACCAAUCGAGUACUCCUGCUGGAGCUGCGGAGAAGAGAAAUUCACCAACGGCAGCUCUUACUCCACCGCCCUCGACAACCUCCUCGCAACUCUCAUCACAAAUGCUCCGGUCACUGGCUUCUUCCAGAGCUCCGUCCAAAGCGCAGAGCUCACUCUCUAUGGACUGCUCCAGUGCCGCCAAGACAUGUCGAGAGACUCCUGCGACCAGUGCGCUCGAGACAUCGGCCAGGCCGUCAAAUCUAGGUGCUCCUCAAGCCUUGGAGCCAAAAUCCAGCUCUACGGCUGCUUCCUGCGGUAUGAAAACCAUCCCUUCUUCUCCGUCCUGGACGAGUCCCUGCUCUGUCUGAACUGUAGCAGCAUAGCUUCGUCUCCCGGAUAUGACGACAACCUCAAGUCCGCACUGGCGACGCUGUCUCGGCGUGGAUCUUCGUUCACAGCCACGGUUGGAAGUGGAAAGUCUCAAGUUUUCGUGCUCGGUGAGUGUCGAGGAGACUUGAGUUCCCAGCAGUGCGACUCGUGCGUGAGAGUGGCGAUGAGAAACAUGACCGAUCGAUGCAUCGGGAACACCAGUGGAUCCAUUCUUCUCAACAGCUGCUACACGCGCUUUGACGCCUUCAAGUUCUACAGCAGCCUCGACCGUGAAUCCAGAUCCGGGUCGGGCAGGGAUCGAAUUCUCAAGUUGGUGUUUGGGAUUAUUGGAGGUGCGUUGCUGCUGGGGAUCUUUGCAUUUUGCUGUGUCAAGAACAGGCAUCGGUUGACUCCUGCUGCAAGAAAGAAGCUUAAAGAAGAUCUCGACUUGCAAGCCAACAUUCACCACGGAGCAACCAUCUUCUCGUAUCAUGCACUGAAAACAGCCACAAACAGCUUUAGCGAUGACAACAAACUAGGCCAGGGAGGAUUCGGAGUCGUCUACAAGGGCACUUUGCCAGACGGAAGAAGAAUAGCCAUCAAGCGGCUCACGACGCAGUCCCAAAAAGGAAAGCAGGAGUUCCUCAACGAAGUUAAGCUUGUUAGCAGCGUCCAGCAUCGAAACUUGGUCAAAUUAUACGGCUGCUGUACCGAGGAAUCCGAAAGGCUUCUCGUUUACGAGCUUCUCGAGAACAACAGCUUGUCCAGAGUCCUGUUUCAAGGAAAUCUUUGUCUCUCGUGGGAGCAAAGGUACAAUGUCAUCCUUGGUGUAGCUCGAGGCCUUGCCUAUCUGCACGAGGAUUCGCAGGUAAAGAUCAUACACAGAGACAUCAAGGCAGGGAACGUACUUCUCGACGAAAAGUUCGAGGCCAAGAUCGCAGACUUUGGCCUGGCAAGGUUGUACUCGGACGAGAGAUCUAUCAACACUCAGAUCGCAGGAACUCUGGGAUACAUGGCACCGGAGUACGCACUCCACGGCCACCUCACAGACAAAGCAGACGUUUUCAGCUUUGGGAUCCUCAGCCUGGAGAUUGUAAGUGGACGAAGGAGCACGGACUUGAAUCAACCGAUCGAGCGACAAUACCUUCUGGAAUGGGCCUGGAAGUCACACGAAAGGAACGAACAACUGGACCUUGUAGACGCGGGACUCAACACUGUACCUCCAAGCUUUGACAAGGAGCAAGCGAUAAGAGUGAUUUGCGUUGGGCUCCUGUGCACCCAAGCUACGCCAUCGCAGCGCCCAAGCAUGUCACGAGUCGUGACGAUGAUCUGUGGAGAGGCCAAGCUGGGCAAAGUGUCGCGGCCGGCGAUGGUAGAGCUCGUCGAUGGAGUGCUCAAGGCGGACACGCUAAACUCGAGCUACAGCAGCCAGGAACUCCACUCGUCGCAAUGCAUCUCCUCGGCGCGAUGA